UUGUUGCUGUCUGACGUGAGGUUUAUUUAAGAUGAGAAAAUAUGUGAUAAACUAUUGUUUGCUAGAAAUUUAGAUACCGAUAUAAAAGGUGAAAGCAUAUUCCAUAAAUUGGAAAAGUUUUGUAAUUAGUAAGAGAUUCCCUUGAAAAAUAUUAUAUCAGUUGCUACGGAUUUUGCUUCGACUAUGACAGGGUGCCAGAAAGGCUUCGUAACGCACUUAAAAAACCAAAUUCCAGAUUUUCUUCCUGUACAUUGCGUUAUUCAUAGACAACAUUUGGUCGCUAGAAACUUAAGUGAACAUUUAUUUCAAUCACUGCAAUAUGUCAUCAAAGCAGUCAAUAAAAUCCGUAACAGCUCUUUGAAUGAUAGUUUAUUUCAUCAGCUUUGUGUUACUAAUGACGAGGUAUUUAACCGUUUGUUGUUUCAUACUGAAGUUCGUUGGCUAUCAAGAGGCGCUAAGAAAGUAUUUAAAAAAAGAAAGCACUAAAUAGCACUUCUACAAGAUGGCGACUCUAGCAAAAAUUGAAUUUUGCAGGAAACGAAUCGACCAAAGAUAGUCAUUUCCGUUCCUUUUAACUAAUAUAUCAAAAAACUUAAUUUCACAAAUUUCGAAACAUCAAUACAAAUACGAAAAAAUACAAAUAGAAUAUGAGUUGUUUAUUGAGUUUUGAGAAC